CUGGUCGUGACGCUGAACUUGAUCGCUGCCGGCGGAGGGAGUAAUCUGUUCCCGGCAGAAGAACUUCCAUUCUUCACGGAGAGUGAGAUUCGAGAUCGGAUCCACAGCUCGAAGAUCGUGGUGCUGUCUGAGCAGGCGAUGUUGAACCUCAUAUACACCCUGAAAGCUUGCAUGCUGUUCAUGUACUCGAGGCUCAUUGGCACCGAGCAGCGCAAGCAGCUGCUGUAUGUAUCGAUCUUUGUCUUCCUCGGAUGGAUAGCGAGCCAAAUCGCGUUCUUCUCCAUUUGCCGUCCGUUCAAGGGCUACUGGAUGGUGCCGCCGCCAAAUCCUCAUUGUGCAACGCUGCAGAACUUUUCGAUCGUCCAGGCGUGUUUCAACAUCUCUAGCGACCUACUCAUGUUGUUCAUACCGGCCCAAAUGGUGGUAAAGCUUCAUAUGCCGUGGAAGAAGAAGAUCGUGCUUGGGUUUAUCUUCAGCCUGGGCAUUUUCGUGAUCACAGCGGCGAUCUUGACCAAGGUCUUCAAUUUCAGCAACAUCUGGAGCCCCGCCUACAUGCUGUGGUACUCUCGCGAGGCAUCUGUCGCCGUGUACGUCGCCAACCUCCCAGUCAUCUGGCCUCUAUUACGCGAAUGGAUGCCAAUCCUGCGAUCCCACCGCUCCCAGAGCGCAAGCCUUCCGUACCACCAGCAAACCUCCAAAUCCCAGCCCGGAGGGAUCAACUGCUUCCGGCCUGGCAGCAAGUCCCAUCCACCGGGGCCCGAUAGUCCGGGAUUUGUGGAGGGGAGCAUGGAGAGCCGGAAAAGUGGGAGCGAUAUGGUGGGUUCGGCGACGAGGACGGAUACGAUUACGUUUGAGGAGGCGUUGCGGGAAAGUAGAGUGGUGUACGAGCAUCCUCGUGAGAUUCCGGAGACAAGGCCGGGGGUCAUUCAGAAGGAGGUUAAGGUGGAGGUCACGUCUGAGAUGAUAGAGAAGACGGCGCACAAUUUCAGUCGACCGCUGUCGCAAGCAUGA